UCAGCAGCGAGAGAUCAUUGCUCCACAUUGAAGCAGCAGUAGAUCAAUCUAGGGAGGACCUCUUUCCUCGGAUAAUUUAUGCAAGUGUCUGUCUGUGCUGGUGGAGUGGGUUAGUAGGAGUGGCCGAGGAGCUGGCAGCCUGCUUUGCAUGAAUCGUGGACUCCAAGUUAGUGGCUGCAGCUUAGAUAUUUCCUGUCAGCCGCACAGACAGAUCCGAAGCAAGGGCGGAGGAGACGAGGAGAGGGAUGGCAGAGAACAGCUCCGAGACGAGCGGCUCCGUUCACCGGAGAUGUUUGGCCCAUUCUCCGGCAGAGAGAAACAUUUCAUCCGGUGUCGGGGCAUCGAAGUGGAUUCGACUAAACGUCGGGGGCACAUACUUUUUAACAACGAGACAGACGCUGUGUCGAGAUCCAAAAUCAUUUCUGUACAGACUGAGCCAAGCUGACCCCGAGCUCGACUCCGACAAGGAUGAAACUGGUGCCUAUCUCAUAGACAGAGACCCUGCAUACUUCGGGCCAGUGCUAAACUACUUGAGGCAUGGCAAACUGGUGCUCAACAGGGACUUGGCAGAGGAAGGUGUGUUAGAAGAAGCUGAAUUCUACAACAUCACAUCAUUAAUAAAGCUCAUCAAGGACAAGAUCAGGGAACGUGACUGCAAAACAUCACAGGUUCCGGUGAAGCAUGUGUACCGGGUGCUGCAGUGCCAGGAAGAGGAGCUGACACAGAUGGUGUCUACCAUGUCCGACGGCUGGAAGUUUGAACAGCUUGUCAGUAUAGGUUACGGGCGGGCCCACCAGUCAGAGUUUCUGCUGAUUGUGUCAAGGGAGGUGAAGGGAGAGGAGUCUGCUUUGCCAAACAACAGCGGAGAGCUGGUCAGCAUAGGCUCCUCUUACAACUACGGAAACGAAGACCAAGCCGAGUUCCUGUGUGUAGUCUCCAAGGAGCUGCACAAUCAAUCAUACGGGACAAACAGUGAGCCCAGUGAGAAGGCUAAGAUUCUUCAGGAAAGAGGUUCCCGGAUGUGAAGAGGACUUAGUAUUAUGAGCUCCAGGUGUUAUGAUGCAAACAUAUCAUCUUUGUGGAAGAACGUUUGGCACAAUGGAGAUUUAAAGGGGGGGUGUGCAUUUAUUUUGUGUUUUCCCUCCAUUUUUGUUUUUAUUUCUUGAUGUAAAUAAGUCUGUUUACUGACAAUUUGUGCCUGUACAUUUAAACUGGACCUUUUUAAAUUAGCGGCAAGUUUUUUUUUUUUUUUUUUUUUUUUUUCUAAUUGAAAGUAAGGAUUUGCAAUCUACAAAUGUUAUAUGCUAUAAACUAUGGCCGUCAUCAUAUAAGGCCAAUGAUUCACUCAGGGUCAUCUAUUGAAUUAAUUAUAUCCUCCAACUCAAGGGUCUGGUAAGGGAUCAGUAUGGUCUUUAUAACUCAAAAAAAAUCAACUCAAAAUUAUUGUUUAAAGAUGUUAAGAAGGGAAUUGUGCAUUGAUUAAGCACAUGUUAAAGAGUUAGGCUAUUUAAUGUGAAAUUUACCCCAAAAACAAAUCGAUAAAAUGUUUUUUCCAAAGAUUUCAAACCGUUAUACUGAGAUUUGUGAUCAUGAGGAUCCCAACUAUACAUCACACGUUUUGUCAGAUGUAGUUGAGGUGGCAUUUUACUUUGAUUCAAAAUAUUUUUCCAGUUACUAUUCAAGGUCAAAAAAGGAACAAAAUGUCACUGUGAUUUGUCUGUGUAGGUUAAGGGGCAUUACGUAAUUUAUCACUUACAGGGCUUUUAUUGGUGAUGGGGAAAUGACCUGUAAUGAAGAGAAGAAAGUCCCAUUUCGCAGCGACCCUGUUCAGACCUGGCAUUAACAUGCGUGCGUCUCAGGUGAUCAGAUCACAAGAGGACAGCUCUAAGUGCAGGUGUGAAAGCACCCAAGUGCAUUAAGGAUGCAAGUGAGAUCAGAUCACUCGAACCACAUUUAUAGGGGGUCUGGAUUGCAUAUGGCCUCAUUCUUUUAAGAGUUUGAAUGCAAAUGUGUCCUGAACCACGUUGAACGAUCGCCUACUCAGUUGUCAUGCUCUGGUACAGUCAGGUUUCAGUUUCAUAAUAACUCAAAUAUUUUUACACUUCUCACAGUGUUUCCCAUACAUCAGUUUAUUUGUUGCGACCUGUCACAAUAUCAGUAUUGAUUGUCACAUAUUGAUUUUUCUACUUUUUGGGCUUUGCAGACAGAAAUAAAGUACGUGCUUAUUUGUUUGUAGAGCAGGGAACUGGCAUCCGAUCACAAGUGAUCACUCGAGAUGCAUGUUAUUGCAAGGUCUGAACAGGGCCGUAGGCUAAGUAAGCUAACUUGAGAGACACAGCAGAUAUGGCAAUGCAAGAUACUUAUUUAUCAUUCACGUUCUCGGCUUGAGAAGUAUAUGUGUUGCUACUGUAGCUGCUUGUGAGACCAUAUACUCUAUCUUGCAACCUUAGUAACCCAUUUACCCAGUGAUAUGGUCAUUGUGUGCUGUUAGGUCAAGUAAUACACAUUUUCAGGUCCUUUUACCUGUAUUAUAAGGAUUUAACUUUUGAGUAUUGGAGAUACAUUUAACCGCAAAUGUUCAUGCAAAAUGUAGAAUUUUAGUAGUGUAAAGAACUAAAAAAUUUGCUCUCUAAAUGUUGUAAAGUAGUAAAGUUAAUUUUAAUGAACUUCUAGUUUAGUUUGAGACCUCAUGUUCAUAAAUCUAAAGUUAACUGCCAAAAAAAAAAAAAAAAAAAAUCAAAGGUGUUUUGGAUAUGAAUUUUGUUUUACAGUGAUAAUAUUUUUUAAACAUCAGUGUCCUCCAGUGAUGUCCUGUUUCCUGUCAGGAAAAACAUCAUCUGAGACAGUGGCGUCUUUUUUUACCUUAUCCCACUGACUUUUGAGUUUUCCUUAACUGGUUUACUUUGUAUGUUCGAGGGAGCAUCUUGUUUAAGAUCUUUUUGUGGGGAAGUAUUUGUUUUGAUUGAGGUUUGGGGACUCGAACUGAUUGAAGGCAGUGGUGAAGGACUUUCAGUUCAUAUCCAGAGGAUUUUUUGAUGUAAAUAAUCCAAAUUCAAUAUUAAUAUUUAACUCUUUAAAAAAAAAAAAAACUGCACGUUUUGUACACUGUAUAGAAAACACGACUUCAAAUGGAAGUUGUUUAUACUGGAUCUUCAAAAAUGAGAGAAUCUUGACAAUGUUAACUUCUGUUUUGCAUUGUUUGUACAGGACGCUAGAGAUUUCUGAGUUGGGGUUGAAACAGCUGAAGCUGAAUAAGGUGUCUUUCACUGAGAACAUGCCUGGAACAUGUUUUGAUAACCAAUAACAAAGCUAUACUUGGCUGGCUAUGAAGUUGACUGUUACAUUUGAAAACAAAUGUAUUUUUUCUUGCAGUGUGAUAGAUUCUUCUAAGCAUUUUGGAUUGUGUAGAUUUCGUACACAGCAUUACAAGCACUACAGUGGAAAAACAACACUGUGCACAUUGCUUACAGCCUGUAAUGUUGUUAAUGUAAAUACUGCAUUUUAGAACACUUUUUUUUUAUAGAAAGUUGUUUUCAGGUUUGAUGUGUGGUUUUUGAUAGGUUGGAUAUUUCAUUCACAAUUAAUCAUUUAGUGUUGCCUUUUUCCCAAUGACCAAAAUUCAAUGUCUUAUGUGUAUUGUACACAUUGAUCUUAGUGUCAGGGAUGAGUAAACCUUUCUUAAUGCUGGCACACUUUGUACAUAUAGAAUUGUUAACGACACGCAAACCUCCAUUUACUCACAUGUACACGUAUACACUUGACUAAAAAAAAUUUUGUAUUGUCGGGGAAACAUGUAUGGAUGCAUGAUUUUGAUAGUGACACACACAAAAACACACACACAAGGGCUUUUAAAGUGCAAAAUUUGAGAUCUGCAAAGAGGUUCAAUCAAAGUAGACUGGAUUUCCUGCCAGAGCUAGGCUAUGUUUACAUUUGCUAUAGUAUUUUGAAGCCUUCCAAUUAUGUACUGUCUUGCACUCCCUCACACAUGUUAACCAUACGUCUGACUUGUGUGACUGCACCAGGGGCAACUAGCAUUCCCCACUCCAUAUGAACUGAUACUCACACAGACAUUAUAAGAUACUCCAUCCACUUCUGACAGCCUAUGCUUGAGCGUUGCAGACAAUCUUGCUUUCCGCCCUCUCUAAUGGCAGAGUUGCUCACUUUUAACUGGAUGAAACUUUACCUGUGUUGGAUCAGAGCUAAGGUUUAUCUGGGUCCUCUUUUGACUUUUUUUCUGCAAUGAGAUUUAAAGUGUUUUGUGUUUGAUACGCUUGGUUCAGUUGUAACCUCAUUUGAUAUACUCUGGUCUGAGGUGUUUAACCCCUCUUCUUUAGCAGCUACAUUACCUUUAAUGCCCUUCACAAACAGGUUGCCUGGUUGAGCAUUUGGCAUUGAUAAUCAUUUCAUGUGAUGGACAUACUUAUCAAAUCUGUAGCCUAAUACUUUUAAGUGCCCAAUUUUGUUUUGCAUUCAAGUUAUAAGCCACAGACCACAGUAAUGCAUGAUUGAAGAUGAUCACACUUGUAAUCAGAGGGAAUGAAUGUGUCAUUUUUCCUCACUCUAACAGUUACAUUGAAUAUGGUUCUCAUAUCACUACAUAGAUCACUUAUAUAUGAUCUUAUGCAAUGUUAAAAAUGUAAAAACUAGGUAUGAGGUUAAGGGGAUAGAUCUAUAUGGUCUUGCAUAAGGUAAACACAAUAAAAAUGUUGUCAUUCA